GAGCCCAGCAUGGAGGCGACCGCGAGUCAUUCCGAGCCGCUCGCCCCCGCUCUGUCUGCGUCCCAGCGGUACCUCAUGGGGGCACUGAGGCACGCCUCCACGGAUGGUCACGCAGCCGUGGGCAAAGUGAAGGCGUCUCUCGCCGCAGCACGCUUCGCCAAACCCGCCCCCAAGAACGACGAGAACCAAUCCGUGAACGUGAAGCCCCUGCAGGUGCCGCAGAAAGACGUGCCCCGUUCAAGGACGGGAUCCAUGGGCUGGACUCGGCAGAUCGAGGCCACGGCGAGGUGGAGAAUGUGCAGCAGAGGUCGUUGCGUCUGGCAGGACUGGCUCAAGUACUCGAGGCACGGCUCGUUCCACAGAUGCCCCCCACUUUCCCUCGUCCGCCACGGCUUCGGGGUACAGCGCCACCUGGACCUCGAUAGCCACCGCCGCGUCUACCACGGCCACCUGACGCUCGCGCUCGCCACCCAGCAGUUCAGCAACCUCUUCGACCGCGCCUGGUCCAACGUCUUGGCCGACCUCCGCUCCACCAUCGAGGCGUACUAUGCGCCGCGGCAGGUUCAGUCGCAGGGGCUCCUCGCGCAGUCCGAGCUUAACUGGGGCCCAGCUGCGUUCGCGCAGAUGGGCGCCGACGAGGACCUCGUCAAGCACGUGCACUUCAUCAUGGCGUUCACGUGGCCCCCACGAGCCGUUGCAGCAGUGGCUUGCCGCUGGCCGCCUGCCUACCUGCAGCCCGCCAUGGCCGGCGACGUCGCGGUUCCUGGCAAGGCCGUGCUCGCCCGCGUCCUGAAUCUGACUCGGAGACGGAAGCCCGUGCCCUCGACGUCCGCAACUACGACCUCGGUGCCCCAGAAGAGCGCGGUGCAGAGGGAGUGGCAGCGCCGUGUGCAGUGGGCCGUGGCGACCCCAGCCCAGCGCACCUUCGUGGCCGUGGGCGACUUCAACUUCGCCGAAAACCCCUCGCAGUCCGACCUCAUCCCACGGCCUGGGCGCCAGCUCACGCGCAACGACGACAUCGAGGUCGCCGCCGACAUCCCGACGCACUUCUCGCACCGUCACCAGGUCUUCACCGCCGCCGGCAGAUCUUUCGCCCCCCCGCCGCCCACCUUCGCCCCGUGCCUGAACUGCCAGCUCAGCGUCGCCCAGGAAGCGGCAUCUCUCGCGGAUGUGUGCCUCGGCGACCACGUUGUCGCCGAGUUCGCCGUCGACGGAGAUCUGGCCACGGCGGCCGAGCUCGCCCGCAACGAGCUGCAGCGUCUCGCGCUGGGCACGGGCGACUCAAUUUGCUCGAGAGUAGCUGCCUUCCACAGCAUGAUUCGCAUGUGGCUGUUCGCGCUUAUUGAGCGGAUGAGGCUACCGCUAGGGCGCCUCGCCGCAAUCAAGAGCCGCCGCGCCUUUGCUUUCGCCUGCGCGAGCAUUGGCGAGGAUAUUAUCCCGUUGCUCCUCAUCAGCUCAGGGGCCAUGCAAGGCUGGGCGCCCAGCUCUACCCCGACCGCCAUGACAGUGCGCGCGGCGGCGACAGGACCUUUUGGCCCCCCGCCUUGCUGGCGCGACCCGCGGGCCAUCGUUCAGUUCCUCCGCCACCGCGCCCGUGCUCCCGCGCCCCCGAAGGUCGCCGCUGCCCCGCGGCGGGCCGUUGCGGCAGAUGCCCUGCGCGCAGCCGAGCUGGCCGCUGAGCUCCCGAAGAAGCCGCGGCUCCAGUGGGUGUGUGCUCUUUCUCUGGCCGCGAAUUUUGCCCAGACUGGGUGCGCUUUGCGCUGCAGAAGCGAGUGCGUUCCUGGCGUCCUGGGCUCGCGUCGCCGCGUGGAGCUGGAUGGCGUGAGGAAGCCCCGUGCGGGGAACACCUUAGGGGGUGACUUCACCGUUCAGUUCCAAGUGGCUUACAGCUCACUGCUGCGCGGGAGUGCGAUCAUCGCUGGCCAGCCGUAUCAUUGCGCUUUGACCUUCUUUCGGGGGGAGGGAGGUUCGAAGCCCCCGUACGACCACUGUAAAUCCAAGCCUGGAAUAGUCAAUGUGUCCCAGCUGGUCGAGUAUGCGAAGGACGAGGCUGCCGCAGGGAGUAUUGACGACCUCUCAAACUUGAAGUCGGCACGUGUCUACCUCUUUGAAGGAACCGAAGACAGUCUCUACAGGGGUAACGCUAAACUUGUGAAGGAGUUCUUUUCGCACUUCCUGGAUCCAGUCGCGCAGAUGAAGUCUGACGAGGAUCUGCCGUGCGCUGUUCUGGGCAUGACCUCGCCGUUUCUCGCAGGCCUGCGCGUGGACAUCACUAGCAAGAUCGAGAGAAUGUUACCAUGCACUGGCCUCAGCGUCGGUGGUUAG